CUGGCGGAGUUAGACACCGAACCAGACCGAGAGACCCAGAAACCCAGACCACCUAGCCGAUCCCUAUUUAAUUUGAAUCUACAACUGAGCCAGCCUCGCUUUGUAUUUGGUCUUUUAACUCGAUUGACUUUCUACUUCUGUUUUGCAGUUUGUUAAUAAUAAUCUGCUAGAAAACUCGAAAAUAACGAAGAAAAAAGUUGAAAAGAGGGAGCAUAGGCCCCAAAAAAAAAAAAAAAGAAAAGAAAAAGAAACGAACCUUGAAGCAAUAAUGGCGGAGCAAGGUAAUGGAUCUGUACUCCAAUUCGCACCGUUUCAGAGCUCCGUGGACGAGGGUUUCUGGCACAGACUUUCCUCCUUGAAGCUAAACAAGCUUGGCAUCGACGACUCUCCCAUUCCCAUCACUGGUUUCUAUGCGCCAUGCUCGCAUUCUCAAGUAUCAAACCAUUUGACUCUUCUAGCUGAAUCUUUGCCUUCUGAGUCGAGUGAACAAUCGACAGUACCAACUACAAGUCAAGGCAACCGGAAUAGGUGUUCUGUCCCUGGCAUCCUCUACAAUACCAACACAGUGGAAGGCUUCCACUCGCUUGACAAAAUGAGCUUGCUUAAGGCUGAAGCAAAGAAGAUUUGGGAAGACAUUCAUAUUGGCAAAGCUGUGGAGGACAGUUCCGUGCUUUUGAGGUUCCUUCUUAUUUCUUUCGCAGACCUGAAAAAAUGGAGCUUCCAUUACUGGUUUGCCUUCCCUGCCUUGGUGCUUGAUCCACCAGCAACUUUGGUUGAUUUGAGGCCAGCUUCGCAGUGGUUUAGCUUGGAGGAGGCAGAAUCUGUUUCUGCAGCAUGUAACAUGUGGCGUAACUCAAGUUCCACUGCAGCUGCUGCAGAUGUUCCAUUCUUUUUGGUCAGUGUUGAUUCAAAUUCAAAUGCUACCAUUAAGCAUCUGAAGGAUUGGGACACCUGUAAAAGCAAUAAUCAGAAGUUGCUUUUUGGUUUUUAUGACCCAUGCCAUCUUCCAAACAAUCCUGGUUGGCCUCUCCGCAACUUCCUUGCGUUUAUUUGCUCAAGAUGGAAUCUCAAAUCAGUUCGAUUUUUUUGCUAUAGAGAGAAUCGUGGUUUUGCAGAUCUAGCGUUGUCCCUUGUUGGUGAAGCCCUUAUUGCUGUUCCACAAGGAUGGAAAGACCAUCAAUGUGUUCCUAAUGCAGUGGGAUGGGAACUUAACAAAGGGAGAAAGGUACCUCGAUGCAUAAGCCUUGCCAAAUCCAUGGAUCCAACUAGGUUGGCCAUAUCUGCCGCAGAUUUGAAUUUAAAACUAAUGAGAUGGCGUGCAUUGCCUUCUUUGGACUUAAACAUUUUGUCUACUCUCAAGUGUCUUCUCCUUGGAGCAGGUACACUGGGAUGCCAAGUUGCUCGGAUGCUCAUGGCAUGGGGUGUUCGGAAGAUUACAUUACUUGAUAACGGCAGGGUGGCUAUGUCUAAUCCCUUAAGGCAAUCUCUGUAUACGUUGGAUGACUGCCUGAAUGGUGGUGAUUUUAAAGCCACAGCAGCAGUUAAAAGUCUCAAGCGAAUAUUUCCUGCUGUGGAAGCAGAUGGUGUUGUGAUGGCUAUACCAAUGCCUGGACAUCCAGUUCCUAGCCAACAAGAGCUUAGUGUGCUUGAUGAUUGUAGACUCCUGCAUGAUCUUAUUGAUUCUCAUGAUGCAGUUUUCCUGUUGACUGAUACAAGAGAAAGUCGUUGGCUACCUACACUUCUGUGUGCCAAUUCUAACAAGAUUACCAUAACUGCAGCUCUAGGAUUUGAUAGCUUCUUGGUUAUGCGCCAUGGAGCAGGUCCUUUUUCCUCUAACCAUGACCUAAAAGAUGAAGCUGUGAAUGCUAUAUCAGCUGGUUUAGGCAACAUUAACCUGGCUGACAAGGGUGGAAGGCAGAGAUUAGGCUGUUACUUUUGCAAUGAUGUGGUUGCACCUAUUGAUUCGACUGCAAACCGCACUUUGGACCAGCAAUGCACUGUUACACGCCCAGGACUUGCUCCUAUUGCUUCGGCACUUGCGGUGGAGCUCCUAGUGGGGAUCCUACAUCACCCUCAUGGGGUAUUUGCAGAAGGUGAGAUUGCAAGCUCCAGUACUGGUGGAAAUGUUGAGCAGCCUCUUGGUAUUUUACCACAUCAAAUUCGAGGAUCGCUCUCACAGUUUUCUCAGAUGACACUUGUGGGUCACUCUUCAGACAGUUGUACAGCUUGUUGCAGCACUGUGGUAUCAGAAUAUAGGGCGAGGGGAAUGGAUUUUGUUCUCCAAGCGAUUAACCUUCCCACUUAUCUGGAGGAUCUUACUGGACUAACAGAGUUGAUGAAAUCAGCUAGUUCUUUCGAAUUGGACUGGGAUAACUAUGUGGAUGAUGAUGAUGACUGUGUUGAAAUUUAAAGAUUCUUUCUACAAGUUGCUUCAGCUGCAAUACCUCAUUUAAUUGUACAAAAAGUAAUCUAAUUAAGGAAUAACUAAGUAAUAUUUGUAGUUAAAUUUAUCUUUCAUUUUGAUUUGAUCUCACACUAUAAUAUAAACAAUCAAGUAGUUAUCAAGAUCCAGCAUUUUACUGCUGCAUCCCAUUGAAAAUGAGUUUAA